AUGUUUUUCUUCACCAAACCAAGAUCAUCAAGAACAGUACACCAUUACCAUGAUGAAGAUCAAAAGGAGUCCAACAAGUGCAUUAAUAUUCAAGAAAACUGUGUUUCAUUUACAGUUUGGAGAAAAUCACUUGUUUUCAGCUGCAAAGGGUUCACUGUAAUUGGCUCUGAUGGCAGCUUGGUCUAUAGAGUCGAUAACUACACCGGCCGACCCGAUAGAAUCGUGCUCAUGGACGGGCCGGGCCAUCCUAUCUUCACGAUAUCUCGUCGCAAGAAGCUCGGGAUAGCGGAGAAUUUCUGGCUAGUUUACGAAGGUGAAGUGGAGGAAAAGAGCAACAAAACAUCAAAGGAGCCUAUUUUUUGUGUGAGGAAAAACAAUAGCAUCAUGAAAAGUAGCAAGCCGAGUUUGCUUGCAUGUGUUUAUCGUGGGUCGUGUGAGAAGCGAUGUGUUUACACGAUAGAAGGCUCGUAUGAGAACCGAUCGUGCAAGAUUUUGGACGAGUCGAAAAGGGUUGUUUCGGAGAUUAAGAAGAAGGAGGCCAUUACUAAUGGAGGAGGAGCAUUUACUUUUGGUUUAGAAGUGUUUGAUUUGAUUGUUAGGAUUGGGGUUGACUCCACAUUUGCCAUGGCUCUUGUGUUGUUAUUGGAUCAAAUGUUCACUUGA